AUGCUCACACCGGAUUCACCUAUACAGCUCGAUGCAGCAUCCGACGAGACAGAUAGCACAAUCUACACCGACUACGAUUCGAUAGCCUCGACACUCCCUAAUUACAUAUACCAAAACGGGCGACGGUAUACUUCGCAAGGCGUGAAAUAUUUACUGCCGAACGAUGAACGUGAGCAAGAACGUCUCGAUUUCCUCCACCACAUAUUCCGAUUGACGCUAGAUGGGGACCUUUGUUAUACAAAACUAGAGAAUCCCCAGAGAAUAUUGGAUAUCGGAACGGGGACCGUGGCGGAGAUUUACCCUGGUGCUCAUGUCAUCGGAACAGACCUUUCUCCCAUACAACCCGGAGGAAUACCAGAUAAUGUUGAAUUCAUAGUGGAUGACGCUCUACAAGAGUGGACGUUUCCUGAAUCGUCCGUUGACUUUAUACAUAUUCGCUGCUUAGGGGGCAGCAUACCUGACUGGCCUCAGCUUCUAUCUCAAUGCUAUAAAGUGAUCCGACCUGGUGGCCAGAUUGAAUUGUCUGAGGCACGCACACAACUUUGCUGUGAUGAUGGAAGUUUUCCAGAAGAAUCUCUUUGUAAGAAAUGGAUGAAAGAACACCAGCGACUUGCCAAAAAAUGCGGUUUUCACUUCGACGUUUUCCCAGAAUUCCGCGGAUGGGCAUACAAUGCAGGCUUCGUCGACGUUGACACGUCGGAGAAGAUUGUGCCUGCCGGGACAUGGCCAAGAGACAGGAACUUAAAACGUCGUGGGGCCUAUUUUAUGGCUCAGCUUUUGGAUUUUGCACUCGACAGUUAUUCUGUUGCCCUGUUUACCCGUGGCGGAGGCUGGCAUGAAGAAGAAGUGCGAGGUUUGUUGAAUGGCGUGAAAGCCGAGCUACGGACUAACAAAAUGCAUCUUUACACUCACUUCUCCUUCUGCAUCGCCAGAAAACCAUUGAAUGGAUAG